CUCUUAUUAUACAAAACCAAAAUCGUGUCUUCUUCUCUCCGUUGUCCCUCUCGCAAGUCUCGAGAGACAAACAAUGCUUCUGCUACUGUUCUUUCUUCUUUUGCCUUCUCAGGUUCUCUCUCUAAACCAGGAAGGUCUGUAUCUUCAACGAGUCAAACUCGGAUUCGAUGACCCGGAUGGCGCCCUUGCCGACUGGAGCGAGAGAGACGACACUCCAUGUAACUGGACGGGCAUCCGCUGCGACUCCAGUACUCCUCCUUCGGUUAUCUCAGUCGACCUCUCCAGUGCCAACGUCGCCGGUCCUUUCCCAACUAUCAUCUGUCGUCUUCGCAACCUUGCUUUCCUCUCCCUCUACAACAACUCCAUCAACUCUUCUCUUCCCGUUGAAAUCUCUGCUUGUCGGAAUCUCCGGGACCUCAACCUCGCCCAGAACUAUCUAGUGGGUCCUAUCCCGGCCUCGCUCGCCGAAAUCCCAACUCUUCGCAGCCUUGACCUGUCAGGAAACAACUUUUCCGGCGACAUCCCGGAGAGUUUUGGGCGAUUCCAGAGACUUGAGGUGCUCUCCCUCGUUGAGAAUCUCCUCAAUGGCCCCUUUCCUUUAUUUCUUGGAAACAUUUCCACUCUUAGGCAACUUAAUCUAUCUUACAACCCAUUUACGCCGAGUCCAAUUCCGCCCGAUCUAGGUAACUUGACAAAUCUGGAAGUUAUCUGGCUUACUCAAUGCAAUCUUGAGGGUCAGAUUCCUGACUCGGUCGGCCGGCUUAAACGUCUGACGGACUUGGACUUAGCGUUGAACAACCUUGUCGGUCGGAUUCCAGAGUCGAUUACUGAGCUUUCGAGUGUUGUACAGGUUGAGCUUUACAACAAUUCGUUGUCCGGUAAUUUGCCGAGGGGAAUGUCUAAAAUGACGGCAUUGCGGAGAUUCGAUGCUUCCACGAACCGUUUAGAGGGACCAAUUCCUGAUGAAUUGUGUAGCUUGCCACUCGAGUCGCUGAAUUUGUAUGAGAACAACUUUGAGGGAACUGUGCCAGCAAGUAUCGCUCUGUCGCCGAAUCUAUACGAGUUGAGACUCUUUAGUAACCGGCUUACCGGAGAACUGCCGAAGGAUCUCGGGAAGAAUUCCCCGUUGAUGUUGAUAGAUGUUUCAGAAAAUCAGUUAUCCGGUGAGAUUCCCGCUAAUUUGUGCGAGAAAGGUUUGCUAGAAGAGCUUCUGUUGAUCCAGAAUUCGUUUUCUGGGAAAAUUCCUGAGAGCCUUGGUCAGUGCCGAAGCUUGAAUAGAGUUCGUUUGUUAAAUAACAAGCUCUCCGGUGAAGUCCCGGCGGCGUUCUGGGGCCUUCCGCGUGUCUCUUUAUUUGAGCUUGCUGGAAACUCGUUUUCUGGUGGGAUCCCUAAGACAAUCUCCGGCGCCUCUAAUCUUUCGGUCCUGCUUAUUUCGAAUAACCAAUUUACAGGGAACAUCCCAGAAGAAGUUGGAUCGUUGAAUAAUCUCGUUGAGUUCUAUGCUGGUGAUAACCGGCUGAACGGCCCGCUACCUUCAACACUGGUGCAUCUUACUGAACUCAUCACACUUGAUCUUCACAAUAACCAGCUCUCAGGUCAGCUUCCAUUAGGAAUCCGGUCAAUGAAGAAGCUCAAUGAACUGAACCUCUCCAAUAAUAGACUAGCCGGUGAAAUUCCAGAGGACCUUGGGACAUUACCGGUACUUAAUUACCUUGAUCUCUCGGGCAAUCUUUUCUCUGGGGAAAUCCCACUUGAAUUGCAGAACUUGAAGCUUAAUCGUUUCAACCUUUCAAACAAUCGCCUCUCUGGAGAUAUUCCCCCUCUCUACGCUAAAGAUGCUUACAGGGGUAGCUUCUUGGGCAAUCCUGGUUUAUGCAAAGAUUUGGCAGGUCUGUGUCCAACCAAAACUGAAGUGAAAAGGCAGGGCUUUGUUUGGCUGCUAAGGUCAAUCUUUAUACUUGCUGCUCUGGUCCUUGUCGUUGGGGUUGCCUGGUUUUUGUGGAAGUACAGGAAUUACAAGAAGGAAAAGAAUGGUGUCGAUAAAUCGAAAUGGACGCUGACGUCCUUCCACAAACUGGGCUUCAGUGAAUAUGAGAUCUUGGAUUGCCUCGAUGAAGAUAACGUGAUCGGUAGUGGCGCUUCUGGGAAGGUCUACAAGGCUGUACUCAGCAAUGGAGAGACAGUUGCUGUGAAGAAGCUAUGGGGUGCAUCCAAGAAAAGAGAUGACAGUGGUGAUGUUGAGAAUGGCAGGAUGGCGGAUGGUGGGUUUGAGGCAGAGGUGGAGACGUUGGGGAAGAUCAGACAUAAGAACAUAGUCAAGUUAUGGUGCAGCUGUACAACUCGGGAUUGCAAGCUGCUUGUCUACGAAUACAUGCCUAAUGGAAGCUUGGGGGAUUUGCUUCAUAGCAGUAAGGGAGGCUUGUUGGACUGGCCUAUAAGAUACAAGAUUGCUGUGGAUGCUGCAGAAGGUCUUUCAUAUCUGCAUCACGACUGUGUCCCUCCAAUUGUUCACAGAGAUGUGAAAUCCAACAAUAUCUUGUUAGAUGGGGAGUUUGGGGCUCGUGUGGCAGAUUUUGGAGUUGCCAAGGUUGUGGAUAUGGUUGGAAAAGGGCCCAAGUCUAUGUCUGUCAUUGCUGGUUCUUGUGGUUACAUUGCUCCAGAAUAUGCAUACACGCUUCGUGUAAAUGAGAAGAGCGACAUAUACAGCUUCGGGGUGGUUCUUCUUGAGUUGGUUACAGGGAGACUUCCUGUUGACCCCGAAUUCGGAGAGAAAGACUUGGUUAAGUGGGUCUGCACCACCAUGGAUCAAAAAGGUGUUGAACAUGUGCUUGAUCCCAAACUUGACCUUUGUUUCAAGGAAGAAAUAUGCAAGGUCCUUAAUAUUGGGCUCCUCUGCUCCAGCUCUCUCCCCAUCAACCGUCCCUCCAUGCGAAGGGUGGUGAAGAUGCUGCAGGAAGUGGGUGCAGAAAACAAGCCCAAGGCUGGAAAGAAGGAUGGGAAGUUGUCACCCUAUUACUACGGGGAUUCAACUGAUCUGGGUAGUGUGGUUUAACAACUCAGUGCAAGGUUUUGCAGAGACAAUCUUAAAAAGGAAGUGAGAAGAAAACUGCUUUUCCUCUGGUUCAUUUACUAAUUUUAAGCCCCUCUUGCUGUUUGUGUCAUGGAGGGAGAUUGGGAGAAGAAGAAACAAGGAGAGAGUGAGAGCUCAGUGGAGUUUGUGUUUCUAUUAAGGUGCUGGUGUUGUAUACUGUAAAUUAAUUAACCCCUUAAAAGUUUUCUUAAACAAGCUUUUAGAAAGCUAUCUAUAGUAAGACCUCUCAUCAGUAGUAGAGUGCUGGUUGCCUUUUUUUUCCCUUUUUUUUCUUCUCGGAUAUGGCAGAUGAUUAUUAACAUUGGCACUUGUACCUGUAUUGGUAAUUGCAGUUAAUGCUAGUGAAACAAAGCAUGGGCUUGUCUUUUCUUCUA